CCCACACAUAGAAGUAGAUAGUAUGUAGACUAGUACUAGUAAACUUAUCAGAUAGUACCUUAUUCCCUACUACUUUCAGUAUGUUUCUAUGAAUCUGUCCUCCCGCCUCACCUUCAACAAUUUUCCCAUAAUGCAGCAUACAAACGUGACUCUAACAUAUGAGCAUUCGUAAACAUAGUAGCACGCGCUGUGAUAUGUGGAAAUUGAAUAUCUUUCCUUUAUAAAUGUUCACUACUAAGUCUGCUAUAUAAAAAUUCAAAACAAUCCUAGUUUGAAUAACUCUGCAAUAAGAAUGAUCCGGGAAGUAUGUAGUUCCAUCAGACAAAUGCAUAGCUACAGGCCAGUGAAUAGCAUCACGAAGAGAUUGGUGAAUUCAUCUUCCACCAGUGUUGGUGAUGCUACAAUAUUUGCACAUUCUUCUGGCUACGGGAAGUGUGGCGUUGCUGUUAUCAAAGUGUCAGGGCCUGCCAGUUCACAAGUUUUGAGGCAAAUUACUAAGCAAGUUGAACUGCCCAAGGCACGUAUGGCAGUGCUCAAGCGUCUAUAUUCACCGGGAACGACACUUCUGUUAGACAAGGCUGUCGUGCUAUGGUGCCCUGGACCGAAGACAUCGACGGGUGAGGACUGCUGUGAGCUCCAUGUUCACGGAGGACCGUCGGUCAUCAGGGCCGUGAUGGACGCCCUGGUCGUCAUCCCGGGCGUGCGACACGCCGAGGCUGGAGAGUUCACGAAGCGAGCCUUUAUCAACGGAAAACUCGACUUGACUGAAGUAGAGGGGUUGGCUGAUCUCAUACACGCUGAGACAGAGACACAGCGUAGGCAGGCACUGAGACAGAUGGAUGGUGCUUUAACUGCACUCUACAGUGACUGGAGGGAAAGGUUGAUAAAGGCGCUGGCACAUGUAGAAGCAUAUAUUGACUUCAGUGAGGAUGAUAACAUUGAAGAAAAAGUUAUGAAGCAAGUUGAGGCUACAGUGCGUGAAUUACUGAACGACAUAAGGCGGCACAUGAGAGAUAGUAGGCAAGGGGAGAGGCUGCGUACCGGCGUGCAUGUAGCAAUCGUGGGACGACCCAACGUCGGGAAGAGCAGCCUUCUCAAUUACAUAUGUCGGCAACCUAAGGCGAUCGUGUCGCCGAUCCCGGGCACGACGAGGGAUGUGAUUGAGUCAGCGUAUAACAUCGGUGGCUAUCCGGUCGUGCUGUGCGACACUGCCGGCAUCCGGCCGUCCAGCGACACCGUGGAGCAGGAAGGCGUCGCACGAGCGAAACGAAGGGCGGAGUCGGCUGACCUGGUGCUGAUGGUCGUAGACAUCACAGAGCUGGAGUUUGUAGACGACCCUUACCAGUACAUGUCGAGUCUGUUCAUCGAGCUGGGGCUGCGAACGAGCGCGGACUUCUCUCACAUCAGCUGCAACAACAGGGACCGCGGCGAGCCGGACGUGAAGGCCAUGUUCAUGGAGGACGGCGAGGGGGACAACGUCGGCUUUCACACGCCCACCGAAGACUCGUUUAAACGCCAGCCCGUACAGAUCAUCGACACUAACCACCAGGGGGAGUGUUCUCACGACGACAAGUCGCGCGCAGAGUGGCAGGCGCGCCCUGAGUCGUGCGACGUCGAGAGCGGUGGCGCCACCACGGUGAAUCGAUCAGCGAACACCGCUCAGGUUGACUCGCAUCUGAUGGAAGCCGAGUGCAUGAAGAAUGAGAAGAUACCGGUUAUUUUGGUGUUGAACAAGAGCGAUCUGAUUGUGAAUCGGGGGACGUAUCAACGCUGGCGUGGUUUCAUGUCCGGCGUCUGCCAAACCUCUAUCGUAUCCUGCCUCACAGACGACGGAAUGGAAGAGUUCAUGAAGAUCAUGCAGACAGAAGUUAUGCAACAGUGUGGUGACCCGCUCUCUGGAACCCCAUCGUUUACCCAGGCUCGCCACCGACACCACCUCAGCAACUGCAUUGAUGCGCUCGAAAGGUUUCUGAAUAAUCAACAAGACAUUGUCAUCACAGCUCAGGAACUAAGAAAUGCUGUCCAACAGUUGGGCCAGGUCUCUGGCGAAAUCAGAACCAGUAACAUACUCGAGGUAAUAUUCAAAGAUUUCUGCAUCGGCAAAUGAAAUUCAGUGGAGUGUCAGUAGACCACUGUCUGACCAAUAUUCUCUAUAUAGAUAUAGGAUGCUCCACAAAUGCUAAGUGUUUGGCAUUUCCAGUCAGUUGCUACCAUAGUAAUUAAUAUAUGUGAGAUAUUGUAGCCAAUUAUAUUUAUUUGUGGGUUGUACAAAAACACAGGUCUUUUUAUAAAAAUAUAUUUCCUAAUCACACAAUUCUGAGUAUCUUUUUAUUCAGGCCACCAGUCUUCAAAAAUUUGAUUUUGGCUUCACAAUAGAUUCUAAUGGCACCUCAGAUGCCCUUUGAAUGUUUUUCUUUUCUGUCAAUUGACAGAGAAAUCAAAGGACAAUGUGCAUAUUGGCAUCUGAAAUGCUAUUAGACUAUUAAAUGUGCUCAUUUAAGUUAUUUGUAAUUUUCUAUUUCUAUCCCAUGUCAAAAAUUGCAUUAUAUGAUUUUCGGCUUUUAGGUGUCUUCAAAAUAUCUCGUAAAAUUCUGUAAAUGUGUGCUGCUAAUGCACUCUAGAUAAUCGUAUAAAUGCCACCAUGUACGUCACAAGAUUUGUCCAUUCUGCAUUUUUGCUAUAUCUCAGUUAGUACGGAUGUAUGUGAAAAAUUAUAGUGGAAUGCGUGGAUUUUUGCUCUGUAUUUUGUAUUUCACUGAUAACAGCUGAGUAUUACUGUACAUUGUAUAUAGGGAAAUAUUUGGAAUAUUUGUCUAAAAGAUAUUUCUGCAUGCGUAUUGGACUGUAAUUAAACGUGUUCACUGGUGCUCCAUGAAAGACGUUUGGAAUUUGGGGGCAAAUUUACUGGAUUUUAAAUAGGUAAAAAUAGCCCUCUUUACAUUAAAUUAGUUACCCAAGCAGCAUGAAGUCACUCGACUUCAAAUUCCAAUUCGGUUUUUGUCAUCACAUUUGGUCACUUGAAAAUGACUUGAAUGAAAUUCAUGCAUAUUUGGCAAAGGUUUGACUGAAAAUGUGUAAUGAGGUGUAUGAUUGAAAAUUAUGAAUAACGUUUACCAAAUAAACUAUCAAAUUUCUUGUUACCAAAAUA